CAACAGACUGGAUUUUGUAAGGAUUGAUCGUGCACAGACCAAAUCACGAUACUACAGAUCAUUGUUGAACAAUCAAUUGAAUGGAAUUAGUUACGAUACAUCAACUUCAUUAAUUAUGCAAAAGUUUUUGACAGUAUGGAUACGAGAAUCUGAUGGAACCUUCUUUGAUACCGUGAAGUAUCUGGGAAGAUCAUCAACAUCAUACGGAAUUCUCAUGAUGGACUACACUGUAAAGUUGUGCUUGAAUGACAGCUCAUAGAUGCGUUCUAAGUAAAUAUCAGAUCAGACAAGUUUGAUUACUCUCCCUCUUUCUCUUUCUUCCAGUGGUCGGCUGGAUUAUGAAGACCUCAAUACCCGAGGCGAAGCACAGGAUACAAUGGACCGAUUGGAUGCAACUAGACGAGUUGGACUUCGUAGGUGACCUAGCAAUUUAUCCCAUACACACGAACAAAUGCGGGUCAAGACAAGCAGUACAUCAGAAGCCUCUACAUCAGUAGGCUUCAACAUAUACAAGGGAAAAACCAAAACUCUCAAAUACAGCACAGAGAACACCAACCAAACCACACUUGAUGGACAAAUUCUGAAAGAUGUGGAAUCUUUCACGUACCUGUUGGUGAAACUUUGAGAACUACCAUAACCAUCAUGUACAAGUAUUUGUAAAUAACUGUCUACGUAAGAUACUCGGUGUCUGUUGUUCGGAUACCAUCAGCAACAGUCUACUGUGAGAGAGAACAAACCAACUUUCAGCUGAAGAGGAAUUUAGGAAAAUGAGUUGGAUGUGGAUAGGACAUACAUUGCGGAAAUCACUAAACUGCAUCACGAAGCAUGCACUAACUUGGAAUCCUAAAGGAAAACGGAAAAGAAGGGCAACAAACACAUUGCAUCGAGAAUUGGAAGCAUACAUGGAAAAAAUGAGUAGUAAGUGGAAAAAACUGGAAAGGAUUGUCCAGAGAAAGGUUGGAUGGAGAACCCUAGUGGAUGACUUAUUCUGUUCUACUAAGGAUAACAGGCAUAAAAUAACGGUAUCACAGGGAAACUUGUUUUAACUGUCAUUAUAACAUGUAUUGGAUCAUCAUUUCUAAUCGGAUACAAUCUUGGAGUUUUGAAUCUACCAAGAAAGAAUAUUGAAACAUAUUUCAAUGAGACAGUUGUUCCAAAUACUCCAGAAUUAGAUUCAAACUUCUUCUACACUCAUGUCAGUACAAUAUUUGUAGUUGCCGCUGCGAUAGGAGCAUUCAGUUGUGGUUGGGUAGCUGAUGGAAUUGGUCGGUAAGUAGAAAAAAAUAUCAUCUCUAAUUGAUUGUUACUACGUUUUUUUAAAAGUAAUCAUUUCUUGACUUCAGAAUAAGAUUGGUUUUAGUGUUUUAGAACAUGUAAGACCUUAGAAUAUUAUUUCUCGAUCUACUGAAUAACUAAUCUUUAUCAAUUUCAAUGGUUAAGAUAAUGAGUCAGUUGAAGCUAGAUCACCAUGGAAAACCUGGAAGCACUGGACGGCCGUUUCGUCCUAUUGUGGGACUCCUCAGAGGUGCCAGGACGAAAUGGCCGUCCAGUGCUUUCAGGUUUUCCAUGGUGAUCUAGCUUCAACUGACUCAUGAUCCUAACCAUUGAAAUUACUAUAAUAUCCACAAAACCCAUCUGAUAUUAAUCUUUAUUACUUGAAGGAAAUUGAUUAUCGACAUGAAUAUUGAUAGAUUACGUAACAAAAAACGUAAUUUACAUAAUUUUUAUUUCAUUAAAACCUUUUCGAUUAAUGCUAUUCCAUGAGAUAAACAUAAUAACUGUAUUACUAAUUAUCUAUUUUGCAUAGAUAAGUAUUAAAUAAUUGCAAACUGUUUACUAUCAUAAAUCAGACUAUCCAACUAUCCAUGUAUGACCGUUAAACACGUGAAUAAAAUGUCAAUUAAACUGUUCAAUAGUUUAAAAUUUUGCGAUUAAUUAUGUUAACUGACCCUAGUGGUAUGUUUUAAUCGAUUUGUAAAGAGAUGUUUAAUGAUACUGUAUUUCAUUUGUUUAUAAGUUCAAUGACUGUUUCUCCUCUUCACUCGUUUCUUUUUUUUUAUUUACUGAUUCGAUAUAUGAUUAAUAGUGAAUAAAAACAAGUAACAUUAAUCUUAUUUGAGGCGAUAAGUUGAUAGAAUCAUGAAAUUUUGAACAAUUUUUUGGUAACCAGAAAACAUUGAUCAAGUGAUUUUCUUUUCGUAUUACUAUUUGUUUAUUUUAACACAUAGAUAUUGGUACAAGGAGUCACCGAACAGAUAUGCGUCAUAUAAAUCAUUCGAUUUGUGUGAGGGCUGGGAUACUAUUCGGGUGCCCAAACCGAAACAGGUAGUUUUCUUAGGGGACUACACCCGGAGCUUUCGACCUAAAGGUCUGAUCCACAAUGCAGUGGAGCAACGUUAGAUGCAGUCCCAUGGUAGCCGGUGACCAAUAAUUGGUUCGUACGCCACUUUUUCCCUUAGGAUCCUGGAGCGCAUGUGCACCAUUGGUUUGGAAUCAUGGUUUUCUAACUCCCGUAGAUGGAUGCACUAUCUCCAACAACCCGAUUUAAGUGCCGGACAUUCGCUUUUUGUCCUCUCAGUUUCGUAAACAACACCCCCGCCACGAGAAGGCAAUGAGUAGGACUUUGCUGGCAGUGGUUGUAUGCACGUGGCCAUGUGAGAGCAUUUCGAGAGGGAGGGUUGACUCUCCUCAUCAUCGACCGUAUCAGGCCAUUUGGGGGCAAAAAGUAUGUGUCGGAGUUGUUAUACCAACAAAAUAUUUUAGUCAGUGUAAACCUCUGUUAGAUCGAUUUUAUAUCCACACUAGUAAUUGCUUAUUUUACGAGGUUGAAUGGUCACAUUGAAUAUAUAUUCUCUGUCAAUAAUUACGGGAUUAUGUCUGUCAGCAUAAUUAGUAUAUAAAGCCAAUAGAUGUGGAAUGCCUGGCAGCAGGUUGAGAAAGUCGAAUCAAAGAGAACGGGAAUGUAAACAGAGAGUAAUUGUGAAAGCGAUGAAGGGACAAUGAAGUUUGAGACAAUUGAUAUAAGAUUCGCAAAUGAAGUAUUUAAUGUAUAGUUUUCACAUUUCACCAAAGAACUUUGCAAUUUUGUACUAAAAAGUAAAUUGGUUUUCCGCAUCUAAGUUUUCGUUCACUACUCUAGUAGUACCCACUGGAGUACUAGGAACAUAUAUCUUAAAUAUGGAAGUAAUUCUAUUUUAUCAUGAAAGAAUCCUUGAUGAGUUUAACCAUAUCAGCAUUAUUGGAUUAUGUUGAUUUGACAUACUUGAGUUUUGUUACUAUCUAUGCAGAUACUGUGAAAUAUACAGUUAUUUUAUUCAAUUUAUAAAACUUUUUGUCAUUCUCUCGACAUAAGAGUGACAGAGUAUUGAUCGAUUUCAAGCAAUUUCCUCUUCUGUUUUUUGUUGCUAAUAUUAUAGACGAAAUGGUUUAUUACUCAAUAAUGUUAUUGGCAUUAUCGGUGGUGUAAUUGUUGGUCCUUGUGUUCUUGUCCAGCAACCUGUGUUAUUAUAUGUUGGCCGUUUUGUUAUUGGUAUUAAUAGUGGCAUUACAAUUGGCAUAGCUUCACUUUAUUUAACUGAAGUGGCACCACGUGAUCUGCGUGGUGGUAUUGGUGCUUGUCAUCAGUUAGCUGUAACCAUUGGUAUUGCUUUCUCGUAUUUCAUUACAUUUUCAUUUCUGUUGAACACAAAAAAUCUAUGGCCACUUGCUGUUGCUUUGGGUGCUGUUCCAGCAGCUAUGUCAUUGGUUAUUUUACCAUUUUGUCCUGAAAGUCCACGAUUUUUAUACAUGAAAAAAAAUAAAGAAGCUGAGGCACGCAAAGCAUUUUUACAAUUAAAUGUUAAAGAAAAUGUUGAUACAUUCAUUGGUGAAUUGCGUGGAGAAAUUGAAGUUGCGAAAAAUCAACCAGUUUUUAAAUUUACACAAUUAUUUACACAAAAAGAUCUUCGAAUGCCAGUGCUUAUUGCUUGCCUAAUCCAAGUUUUACAACAAUUAUCCGGAAUUAAUGCGGUUAUAACAUAUUCAUCUCUUAUGUUAGAAUUAGCUGGUAUUCCUGAUAUGUACUUACAAUAUUGUGUCUUUGCUAUUGGAGUUCUUAAUGUUAUCGUAACUGUAGUCUCUGUUCCACUAAUCGAACGUGCUGGACGUCGUACUUUAUUAUUAUGGCCUACAGUAUCAUUAGCUUUAUCCUUAUUAUUACUUACAAUAUUUGUUAAUUUGGCAUAUUCUGGUCCGGUAGGUGCGAGAUCUGCUAUGGGUAUAAUAUCGAUCAUUUUGAUAUUAGUUUAUAUAUGCAGUUUUGCACUCGGCUUAGGUCCAGUUCCUGCAUUAAUUGUAUCAGAAAUAUUUAGACAAAGUCCACGUGCUGCAGCUUAUUCACUUAGUCAAUCAAUUCAAUGGUUAUCAAAUCUGAUUGUGUUAUGUAGUUAUCCUGUUAUACAGGUAAGUGAAUUAUCUUUGUUAUGAUAAAGAUAGAUUUGAUCAAGUAUUCCUUAUUGAACUUUAUAUAUAUAUUUAUUCUACUAUGCAAAAUAUUGAGUGACCAUAAAUGGAAAUGUUAUCAUAAAGAAAAUUGUACAACUUAUCAAAUUCAUACUUACCAAGUCAGUCAGUAACAACGUAGGACUUCGUACGUACGUACAUCAGUUCGAAUUGCCAUGCUACAUUAGUACAGAGAUGCAGUUGUCGAUUCAAAUCCCGUAGUGGUAGAGGUAGUAAGAGUAUAAGCAGUAAUCGGGAAAAUUAGUGUUUGGAGAUGUUGUUUAAAGAGUAUGAUCCAGUGAAAUAAAUUUGGAAAGAGGAAAAAAGGGACAUGAAGAAUUCAGAAGAUUAGAAUUUGGGAGAACACAAAGAGUGGAUGCACCUACGCCAUUGCAAACGAUUUUGAGCCAUGUCAUUCAGGGUCUCUAACCAUCGGUUGCUAUCAUCUCGCGGUCCCCAACCAGGUAGUCUAUACCUACCAACAUGACUCAGUCCACUUGUCAGUGACUUCAUGGACUUGUGCCAUGUUUCGGUCUGGCCGCUCCUAGCUUUCUUCCAACCUACUCCUAUACCACUGAACAUAGCACGUCGAGGCAGUCGGUUGUUGGGCAUACGUAACACGUGGCUCAGCCAUCUCAACUGAUGAAGUUUCACCACUUCAUCAAUCGAUUUGCCAUCCUUACCUAGUACCCGUUUCCUAACAACUGCGUUACUUACUCGAUGGUCCCAGGAUAUACGAGCAAUGUUUCGAAGACACCUAUGAUCGAAUACUAGUAACCUACGAAUGUCCUCUACUCUUACCGGCCACGUUUCACUGCCAUAAAGUAGGACGGAACGAACUGCUGCGCAGUAAACACGUCCUUUGGUUGAUAGACGGAUAUCUCGCCUACGCCAUAAAUGACGCAAGUUGGCAAAAGCUAGUACCAAGUAUCAACUUUGUGAUGCUCCUUUUUCUGUAAACUGACAUUAUCAUUACAUGUGCGCCAACCACCAAUUUCAAUGACAAUUUUGUUAGUGAUUCUUUACAGACCAGUUUAAUAUAGUCCUUACAAAUUUGUAAAGACAGUUGUAUUGUAUGAAUAUUGAUAAUCAUUAAUCUAAUUUGUGCCUGAAAAAAUUGUCUAGUAUUUGUAUUGUUUGGAUUUGCGAAAAAAAGAUGCUACAAUAAUACGAAAUCUCGGAAUAACUGGAAAGAUUUAAAAUGCUUUGCAUUAAGGCGGUUAACAUUCAGUUAUAUCCUGCUAGGUUUAACUAAACGUAUAUCUCCAAGUUCUGUGCAUUUAACCUGUUAGAUGAACUAAUCUCACAGUGAGAUUACUAUAUUCAUUUUUCAAAGAUAUCAUACAAUAAUAAUGAAAUAUUUUUUCUAUUCGUUGCUACAAUUUAAUAUAUUUAAACUAUUUUUUUUGUAUAUCUUACAUUUUGCUUUAUCUGUUCAGAAAAACAUCGGUGGUUAUUCAUUUUUGCCCUUCCUUGUGGUCGUUGUGAUUUGCUGGAUCUUCUUUUUCCUGUUUAUGCCAGAAACUAAAAAUCGGACAUUUGAUGACGUUGCAUGUGAUCUUGCAUUUGGAGGUAUUGUUGUAGGCAAACGUACUACAGCUUUAGAAGAUCGUAACCUUACUGUAUUCACUAAACAGGGUAAUAAUGACGGUCCAGCUUCUGAGUCAUUACUUUAUCCUCGAAGUGAUAAUGACAAAGGUAUGUAUGCAUAGAGGAGUUUUUGGAGUAUGUUUACAGAAAAUUGUUGGUUAAACUGAAAAAGAAAUCAUAGACACUUCAUUGAGUUUUUAUUCUAGGGAAUUAGUGUAUGCACCUUCCAUUUUAUAUAAAUAUAACAUAUAUAUGUACGCUAUUACAUAUGUGUAUAAUUUCAAUUCAUUAUAUAAUGUACGAAACAUGCAUAUAAUCUCCAUCUAUCAGGUUAUUUUCAUUAUUUUAAAUUAAUGUUGUCAUAGAAACACAAUGAUGAUCAUUUUUAGAUGCCGAUAUGAUAACUAUGUGUUUAUCAAUAUCUAUAUUUUGUGUGCUGUUCAUUCUUUAUCAUUUAUCUAUUUACCUUUCAUUUCUCUUUUAAUGUUAACGAUGAUGAUGAUUAUUAUUAUUAUGCACCAUAAACGUAUAAUUUUUAACUUAAGAAACAUAAUUUUCUUCACAGUUCUGCUCGUUUUGUUUUUGCUUAAUUUGUCCAAACCAACUUUUCUUUUUAAUGAAAAAAAUAUUAUGCAAUAUGAACAAUGAUUGUGCUCAUUGUAAUUCUACAAAGAGCAGAAUUGAACACUAAUGAUGUUUUAAAUAUUACACUAAAAAAAGAUUGAACAAUAAGAUGCAAAAAACUGAACAAACAGAGAUAACACACACACAAUUUUACUUACAUCAGGUAUCCUAAGUUGAUACUGUUCUAUCUCUUGUUACUUUUUACAUUUUACCUGGUGAAUUUACUUAUUUAAUAAACUUUGAAUGUAAACUUUGAUCUCUUAAAAUAUUAUUAUUAUAAUUAAUAUGAUUAUGACGAAUUUAAUUACUGUCCUUUAUCUCUUCAUCGCACAAAUUGUUGUAUAAUCCUUACAUUAUUAUUAUUAUCCAUAUUAUUAUUAUUAUCAUUACUAUUGAUAUAACUAUUAUUAUUGUCAUCUGAUUCAUAUUUUCCACAAGAUCUUGUUAACUGGUUGUAUCGAAUAAUUUCAUAUUCCGAUUAUUAAUAUUAUUAUUAUUACUUUUGUUAAUUGUUCGAAAGUUUUCUUUCUUUACAAAUCCUUUAUUUCAAAUACUUUGUUUCUUUCAAUGAAUUCCUGUGAUGAUGAUGAUGAUGAUGAUGAUAUUGUUUUAUAAGACAGGAUAACAAACAAACUGACAACAGUAAUGCAUAGUUUAUUUGUAAUUUUACAAAGAAAAAUGUUUGUCAAAUGUAUACAACUUCAUUGGAUUCUAUGUGUGUGUGUGUGUGGUGUGGUUUUUUUUCAAAUGAUACCUGCUUCUGUAAUCAAUUUCUAAAGUAAAAUUUAUACAUCAUAUGUGUACCAUAUUUUUAUGUGUUAAUUACUCAUAGUUUUCAUGAUGGAUAUCUAUCUGGAAUAGUUUUGUAGUUGAUAGUGUUUUAGUUUUGACCAGAACUUUGUGUGUUUAUAUGAUUUAGAUUUCGUUUGGAUGAUUAUUGAUUUACUAUUCUUAUACCAUACCACACUAGAUAUCUAAAUAUCGGUCCUAAUGUAAAAUUCAAUUUUCCAAGAUUAUUGCCACUUGAGCCGAAUUUCCUCAUUAUAAAACGUAUCCUAUAAAUUCUUUAUGUGUGGCCGUCGAUAUUUCAUCCUAGGAGUUCGAAUUUUUUUUAUCAAUUGUCAAUCGUCACUUUAAAUAAUGGAAUAAUCGUGGUAGAUAAACUGUUAGGCUAGUUAAGUCAUAGAUAAAAUUUAUUGAUCACAAUAAGUGUCAAGAAUAGGAAACUUGUUUAGUAUUUAAGACAGAAGUUCAAGCGUUUUCUUAACUUGCAGAAAGAAUGUAUCACAUACAAGAGAUAACAAGUCAGCAUUAUUCCAUAACGUCAGCUUAACUGACUACAUAGAGCAAUAAAGAAAAUUGAAAGCUAAUCCAUAAUGAGUUUUCGGGCCAUUUUUGAAAUUGUGCCUGACUCCUAUUAAGAGUUAUUCAAUGAACAAGUUCUUAACCUCACCUUUGAUCCCUUGUCCAAAAACAAUAAUAUGGUAGAGAAGAAACGUUCAUAUUUCAUGAAAUACUGUUCAUUAAUUACGUGACCAUAUGAGAUAAAAAAAUUUUAUCACUCUUAAAAAGUCCCACUGAUGGCUCUCACAAGCUACAUGACAACAGUCCUACUAUGCUUGUUUUAAGAACGACCAUUGGGUGUCGAUUUUGUGCCAAUUAUCCUAACUUUUCUCUGAAAGUAGACAAUACAUUAAAUAUAUAUAUUUGAGCGGUCAUUGAAAUUAAAUCAAGUGUUAAGCCCUUAAUGACACAUUCAGUUAUGUGAUAGAUCGAAUGACAAUUUCAGAUUUGAUAACGAACAUUACUACUAACGUUUGUCAUCCCUAGUGAAGGAGCAUAGGCCGCCCACCAGCAUUCUCC